AGCAGCAUGAACUUUAUCUUUGGGUCUCUGUGUCCCGGGACAAGGACCCACUUUGAUCCGGCCCACUCAGUGUGUGUGUGUGUGUGUGUGUGUGUGUGGGAUGGGAAUGUGGGGACCAUGCUUCCAGCCUGUUCCCAGCAGCCUUGUUCCCGUCCUCUCUGACAGCUCUGUGGUCUCUGAUAGUCCAGAGCGUCUCUGGUUAGAGAGGAACUCAGAGCAGCAGGAGAAGCUUUCUGUUCUUAGUCAGUGUUGAAAUGAAGCCAAACCAUCAGGGACGUGUUUUAUAACGAGGACGUUAACCCUCUGGAGUCAGGACUUCUUCAUGACGUCAGGAGGUAAAACACCAGCAGCAUGUUUCCUGCUGCAGCUCAACUCUACAGGUCACAGUCACAUUUAAUGCUUCAGCUCUUUCAGCAAAGGUGCUGAUCAGCAGUAAAGAUGUCCUCUGACAGGAUGUUGACUCCUCAGAGCUCCAGACAGAGCAGCUCUCUCUCCUCCUCCCCCAUGAGCAGCCGUCUCCAGUCCCUGCAGGUGGACUCGGUGCAGCGGUGGAUGGAGGACCUGCGCCACAUGACGGAGGUGGAGUGUAUGUGCGUGCUGCAGGCGAAGCCCCUCGGGGUGGAGGAGGACGGCCAGCAGGGGGAGCUCAUCGUGGCGGGCGGCGGCGGCGUUGGCGGCGAGCACGUGGCGAGGAACAACCUGCAGACGCUGCUGCGGCGGGCGCUGGUGGUCAGCACGGAGCUGGGCAAGAUGUUCCAGCGGCUGGAGAAGGGGCGCUGGCAGAGGGUCCACAGCACCGCCGUCAGGGCCAACGGACACGUCCGCUCGCUGGUCCACGAGUACGGCGCCGCACGCUGCACGCCACCAGACAUGCAGAAGUACGAGAAGUCUCUGCUGGAGAAGUGUAUGGAGCUGACCAACAUCACAGAGAGGUGCCUUCACACUGAUGACGAGUUCUUCCUGAAGUCGAUGAGAGAAGCCAUCCACGAGAUCCUCACCGACGUCAGCGACUCCUUCAGCAACAUGAUCGACAUGGCUCUGGCCAACGAGAUCAGGCUGCUGAUCAAGCAGAUCGAGUCGUCUGACGAGGUUCACACCAUCGGCAGCGCCAUCAGCAACCUGCUGUCACUCACACAGGACGGACCGCAGCUCUGCAGCAUCAUCGCCAAGGAAGGAGCUGUGGUGGCCCUGUUUAAGAUCUGCAGGCAGGACCGCUUCAGAGAGCUGUACGCUCACGCUCUGAGGACCGUCGCCUCCAUCUGCUGCGUGGAGGAAGGAAUCAACCAGCUGGACAAGGUGGACGGUAUCCUGUGUCUGGCCGACAUCCUGACGGAGGAGGGCAGCGUGGAGGCGGCGCGGGCGGAGGGCGGCGGCGGUCGUGGCUCAGAUCACCUCGCACAUCACACGUCCACGCAGCACCUCGCCAGCUUCCUGGAGAGCAUGCACGACAUCGUCACGGCGCUCAUCAAGCUGUGUGAGAGCGCGUCCUGUGGCGAGGUCUUCCUGCUGGCGUCUGCAGCUCUGGCUAACAUCACCUUCUUCGACAGCAUGGCCUGUGAGAUCCUGCUGCAGCUCAACGCCAUCCACAUCCUGCUGCAGGCCUGCAGAGACCGCCAGAGGGUGGACACGCCCUACUCCAAGGACCAGGUGGUGACGAUCCUGGCCAACCUGUCCGUCCUGGAGCAGUGUGCUGCUGAAGUCCUGCAGGAACAAGGCGUGGAGCGCCUCCUGCUGCUGCUGGCGGAGAAGCCGUCCUCCUCCAGCCCAUCGGAGGGCGCCGCCUGCGAGCGCGUGCAGCAGAAGGCUGCGGUGACUCUGGCCCGUCUGAGCCGAGACCCCGACGUGGCCCAGACCGCCAUCCAGCUCAAAGCCGUCCCUCGGCUCAUUGAGCUGUGCCGAUCCCCCACCGAGAGGAAUAACAGCGACUCAGUGCUGGUCGCCUGCCUGGCGGCCCUCAGGAGGCUAGCAGCUGGGUGUCCUGACAGCAUCGAGGCUGCCGACCAGCAGCAGCUGAUCAAACCUCGGCUGGUCGACUCCUUCCUGCUCUGCUCCAACAUGGAGGAGAGCUUCGUCUGA